AUAGUCCAGGGUUGUUCUCAGUCAUGUCUGUUUAGAAUGGUCUGCCUGUAUGUUCUUCAUACUUUGAAGAUUAUCAUUGUUUUUUGAAGCUGCAGGAUAAGCCAGCAAAGAUAUAAAGCCUGACUUGAAAAUGAAUGCUGAUGUGACUGCUUCUGGUUUCUGAUUCAGCAGAGACAUAGAUGUGUUUCUCGGAGUGGAGGAUGUUGUUUCAGUUACGCUUCUGAGGUAGUUUGGCAUGAAAGGCUGAACAGGGUGGAAACUUUCACUUUGAGCAAAAGAACGGUUCUAAUGGAGUCUAUGUGCUUGUACUUUUUCAUGUCUGUCCUUUCCCACAGCUCUCCCAGACCAAACAUUCAACUCCCCAAACUGAUGGUGGCAAAAAAAAGAAAUUCAAUUAACUGUGAAGAUGUGUUUUCAGAAAGAAAAAUAUAACCAUGGAGCUCUUAAACACAAUGUGGGGAAGUGUCAAAGACCCUUCAGUUGCUGCAGAAAGAGAUCCCAACACAACCAGGUUAAGUUAGAGGAAACACACAGAUGAGGACAUUAUGCCCCUAUAAACUGCCAAAAGUCCUUGUCUUUUGUCCACCUCUUCUCCUCAUCAAAGCUGCUGGCAAACUGGAGGACGCAGCACAGAUCUGGCACAGUCAAGAAGGAUUUUCAGCUCCCCAAUUAAAGCAGUGUGUAUGGUCCAUCAGGUGCUCAUAGUGGUGACCAGAACUUCCCUGCAAUAAGAAGAAACAUGCAAAAUGGUGAAGAUUUUUUGAAAAUCCUCAUGUUCAAUUUGUGAAACUCACAUUUCUUGAAAAAGCCUCUUUGGGUGAAGAAGGCAGUUUUUCUCUUACGCUUGCACGUGUGCAUUCUUGAUCUGACAUUACUUGCAACCACAAGAGAGCACUCUUUCCUUUGAAGAUUUCUCAGUUUCCCCAGAAAGCUAGAGACAUGCCAUAUAAGUUUGCAAACAGCUUGUAAGCUGUUUCAGUUAGACCAGAGCAGCCGAAACAACAAAGCUUGCAGUUGUCUUUUGGAUUUCGUUGUGAAAAGCCUUUGGGUAGUUUUCAGAUGACAGAAGAUUUGGUUCCUGAGAGGGAGGAGUUGUGCCAAAACUUUGAAGAUCCCUGUAAACUUUGCAAAUUACCCAUCUUUUGGAGACAAUUAUAUCAAACGAUAUCGUGGAUUACAAUACAUGAGAAGUGUUUAGAGCCUGGAAGAUUAUUUAUGUUUGGCAUUAGCUCUUAUGGUCAUAAUUUCAAGCAGAGAGAAAAGGAAUACACAGGAACCCUCUUAUUAUCUUUUGAAAUAUGAAGAUCAGAGGAAAAGAAGGGUUUAAAGUGUGGAGUGAUGGUCCUCAAAACCUGUCUGUAAAUUAGCUGGUAUCCAACAUCUAUAAAAACAACAAGGCUUAGAGCUGACUUCCAGGCACAGAGUGGACCUCAUGAAUGGUUAGCAGUGCUUUGAGAUCUGAGUGUUCAUACACCGCAGGAGGAAAUUGCAGCCUGUGGGGCAGAGUACCUAUACAAAUGUUUCCUCCUUGCUUGGACUGAUACAAGAUUUGGAAGCCAAAUUCGGGAACUGACAUUCCACCAGUGGGGAAUAAAAAAAAGAAGCAUGGACAGCAGUAAAGAUGAUGAUGGACUACUGAACAGGAUUGCAUUUCCAGGAGCUAUGUCCCUGGCUAACAGCCAUGUGCAUCCCCAUGGGGUGCCCCUAAGAGAGCCCUUUGGGGUUCCCUUCCAUCUGGACCCAUCUUACUGGGAGCAAGCCUAUGGCGGGCACACAGGUCGCAUCUCCUACAUCCCAUUCCCUGGCUACGUGGGCAUCUAUGACUAUUCCUUUGAGCCUGCCUUCAUUCGAAAGAGGAACGAGAGGGAAAGGCAGCGGGUGCGCUGCGUGAACGAGGGCUACACACGCCUGAGAGAGCACCUGCCCAAGGAAUUUGCUGACAAGCGCCUCAGCAAAGUGGAGACACUGAGAGCUGCAAUAAGCUACAUCAAACACCUACAGAGCUUGCUGGACUGUCAUCCCUUAGGGUCGAACAGCAAAGAAAUGCUCUCUGACAAGGAGCUCCCAGAAGCUCCCAGUCCUGGUCGCCCGCGGGAGUGCAACAGUGAUGGAGAGUCCAAAACCUCAUCAGCUUCAUCCCCCUACAGUGAAUUUGAGGAGAUGGGCAGCUAAGUAACAGCCUCUCUGGAGACAGAAAGCUGAAAACCAAAUCUAAAACCCUGGGGAUUUUUCCACAGAUGAAAAUGAAUACCAGGAAAAGGAAAAGCAGCUAGAGAAAACCAGAAAAGGUAUUUUCGAUCUGUCAAAGGAUUUAACUGUUGUCUGUACAAAACCUAAAGAUGAUUUGUGAGCAAACAGAUAUAUCUCAGGUUGCUUCAGCUGUGUUACUAAACUUCCUUUGGACUGUUAAAACUGAAGUGAUGUUUGUAUUCUAUUUUUCAUUCAGCUUUUAUUCUAUUCAUCUAUUUUCUUUUGCCUUUCACUUGAUGAGACAGCAAAACAAGAUGAAUGCAUUUAAGGAAAUUCCCCUUCCCUUUCUCCUGCUUCCUCCUGUAAGUUUUAUUGGCUGGUUUUCCUGACUGCUAACCUGAGAUGCACUGGCUUGCAAAAACAUGGACUGGGAAAGGUAAGAUUUAGAUAAAAUGUCUUUCCCUAAAAUUUUUAGGAAACUCACAGAAAUACUUAUGUUUCUGAAAAGACAAUUAAAAAAUAUAAAUAAGGCUAUAUUUGGGAAAUAAUUUAUCGCAUGGCAUCUUUGAAAGUGAAAGAAGCAACUCGUUCAUUGGACACUGGCUAUCUGGUGAUUAUUUGAAGGACAAUUUUCAGGAAAAGAAAAUCUGACACUUUCAUUUUAAUCAAUACGAAAAAGAGGAAACAAAGUUGUGUAAAGCUGCAUUUUCAAAAGCAAAGCUCCGCUCAUUAUACUGAAAAAAUGUUGCCAGUCUUUUUCCUCCUUUUCUGAAAAUUGAGUUUGUGGACAAAAUAAUCUUGACUGUGUCUUUUCGGCAGGUCUGAUAGAAAUAUGCUUAAAAGUAUGUUCCCGUAGUGGUUAGAUACCAGUGUGUACAAAAAGGGUAACAUUGAAUAUAUCAGUUUACAUCUCUGCAUGAAAACCUAGGUAUUUCUCCUUUUGUUUAGAAUAUUGUAAUACUUUUUCAAGGAAUACACCUUUUAAAAUUAGUAUCUCAAAUUCUAUGGACUACCUUUAAUUUGGACUAUGUCUACUUAAAAUGAGAAUUUGUCUCCAAAUUGCUUGAAAAUGUUCCUUUCUCCAAGGCCAGAUUUAAAUAACAUUUAGCUGUCUUAAAUCCCAUGCUGAAUAUGGGGUAAACACCUUCUUACCCAUACACUUUCAAACAGACUUUUCAAAAUUCUGCUUUUUUUGCCCUAUGUUGGUGAAAUGGAUUUGUAUCUUUUUGUCUUUCCUUCAUGUCAUGCUGACUCGACACCUGAAAAAAUACUCGUGUAUAAAUAAGAACAAAUACUGAUGAAAUACCUCAAAAUGUGUCUAUAAAUUUCAUUUA